UGAGAAGGCAAGGAACAAAAUUUGCCAAGGACAAUGUCGGUAAUGCCUAGUAAUUUGUCACUCAAUGGGACAAGCUUCUUCGCUGAAAAUCAUAGCGUUAUGGAUAAACCUAACGAGGAGAGAACUUUGAAUGUCUUUCUAUUCUGCUUGACUUUCAUCAUUGCAUUCACGGUGCUUCUGGGCAGCAUUUAUUCACUAGUUUCCCUGCUGAAAAUGCAAAAUAAAUCCUCAAUUUCAAUGAUUGUGACCUCUUUAUCAGUAGACGAUUUGAUCAGCAUUGUGCCAGUGAUUAUUUUCAUGCUUACCCAGUGGUCAAGUGAUGCUCUUCCUCAGCCUCUGUGCACCACCUCAGCACUUAUAUAUUUAUUCCAGGGCAUUUCUAGCAAUCUCAAAGGGUCUCUCAUAGUUUCCUACAACUUCUAUAGCAUCAACAAAACUGAGGCAAUGAACUGCAGUGCUUCCAAACAACGAGUGAGCAUGGUAUGGGCAAUUCUUAGCAUUUGGAUCGUCAGUUUGCUGAUCUGCAUUUUGCCUCUCUGUGGUUGGGGCAAGUACGUCCCCACCUCCUGGGGUUGCUUCACUGACCACACAAGUUCCUACAUCUUGUUCUUAUUUAUUGUCUACUCAUUGUGCUUUUGCCUCCUCACAGUGCUGUCUGUCCCUCUAACUUACCAGCUGUUGUGCUCAGACGAGCGACAGCUAUUACACAUCGAUUACCAAGAAAUCUCUCGAGGCUACAUCACCCCUGGGACACCUGCAGGCUGCAGUACUGCCACCCCAUGUCUGUCACCAGUGGACCCUGUGGAUAAAACCCUGAAGCAUUUCCAAAAUGCGUGUCUAAGCUCGAAGGCAGUUUUUAGGAAAGGUGUGGCUGAGAGCAGUGGACUCGAGCCCCGCUGCAUGAACAACUCAAAGAGCAGGAGCUUCGCAGUGGGCUUCGCCCAGAAACGAUUCUCACUGAUUCUUGCAUUGACAAAAGUCAUUCUCUGGCUUCCAAUGAUGAUACAAAUGGUUGUCCAGCACAUCAUUGGCUAUCAAAGCCUUUCGUUUGAGACACUUAGCUUCCUGCUGACGUUGCUAGCUGCCACUGUCACCCCAGUAUUUGUCCUGUCAGAGCACUGGAUCCACCUGCCCUGUGGCUGCAUCAUAAACUGCAGGAGGAAUUCAUAUGCUGUGUCUUCAGAAGAACUCAAAACCAAACACAGAGGUUUCGAAUUCAACCUUUCCUUCCAGCACGGUUAUGGAAUCUACCGAAUAACCCCUGAGAGCCACCACCACGAUGGCGAUGGUAAAUCCACGUCUUGCCACAACCUGCUGGUUUGCGAAAAACCCAGCGAGCCGCCGAGGGGAGAUGGUUGCGGCGCUGCGCGGGCUGAGCUCAGCAUCACGGACACCGCCCGGCCCGGCCCGGCGGGGCUCGGCGCCUCGGACAGCCCCCGGCCCGGCACGGCGGGGCUCGGCGUCACAGGCAGCGCCAGGCCCGGCCCGGCGGGUUUCAGCACCACGGACAGCGCCCGGCCCAUCCCCGCGGGCGUGCGCGGGGAGGCGGGCUCGGGCCUCGGCAGGACCGUGGAGGGGCCCGAGAGGAGGCUGUCGCACGAGGAGGGCCACAAGCCGGAGCUCACAGACUGGGAGUGGUGCAGGAGUAAAUCGGAGAGGACCCCUCGGCAGCGAUCAGGUGGGGCCUUAGCUAUUCCUCUGUGUGCAUUUCAAGGAACUGUGUCUCUUCAGGCACCCACAGGAAAAACUCUCUCUUUGUCUACAUACGAGGUAAGCACUGAAGGACAAAAAAUAACACCCGCGUCAAAGAAGAUUGAAGUUUAUCGAUCUAAGAGUGUUGGUCAUGACCCGAACCCAGAGGAGUGUCCUAAUACAUUUGCUGACACAAGUGUUAAAAUUCAUUUGGAGGUUCUUGAAAUUUGUGACAAUGAAGAGGCCUUGGAUACCGUUUCAAUCAUCAGUAAUAUCAGCCAGUCCUCCACACAGGUAAGGUCUCCGUCCUUACGCUAUUCACGGAAAGAAAACAGAUUUGUCUCAUGUGAUUUAGGGGAAACUGCAUCCUACUCCCUCUUCAUACCAUCCAACAAUCCCGACAGCGAUAUUAACAUAACAAUUCCAGACACUGUGGAAGCUCACCGGCAGAAUAGUAAAAAGCAGCACAUGGAAAGAGGUGGUUAUCAGGAAGAAAUACAAAUGUUGAAUAAAGCAUACAGAAAACGGGAAGAAGAUGGCAACAGCAAUUAAGAGACAUGUAAUCUAACCAUUUAAACUGAUUCAGUGGACACUGCUCCUCUUGACUCAAGUUACCCUAGCAAAUACAAUGCCAAGUGUUGCUUUUUUUUUUUCCUAGCAUAUAAAUUAUUUUUAUUUGGGUACACUGUUAAAUUAUUAACGUUUACAAAUGGGAAAACAAAUGCUUAAGUGCUUCGCGGCUUUACGUAAUGAAAUUCAAGUUAUUUAUGUAUCUCUUUAUUUGAGGAAGACGUGCAUCUGAAAGGAAUCCUAAAUCUUAAAAACCACCCUUGCUAGCUUGUUGGCACUAGGUGGUCUGUGAGAAUCCAGAAAAUGAGAGAAUGUGAAGAUGUAACAGGUUUCAGUGAGUGUUGCAGUUCUUCUCCUACCGAUGUGCCAGACUUGAAACAUAUAGCUAAAAAUAUGUAGCACAAGCCUAAGACUAAGCCAUUCAUUUGGUUAGGGAUUAUAAAUUACCUACAGUUUAGUUUUCUACUGCUCUAUACGUGAUUGAUAUGUAAUGUCUCUGUAAGUGGCCAUUGUAUAGAUCUUUGAAUGUGGAUGGCUGAAAUGUAAGCAUGCACGUUUUGUAAGUUCAACACUGUGAAAGUGUGUUCUCAUGGCUUGACAUUUCUUUCGAGUGUGUCAAAUGUUGGUUGAUUUUAUGCUGGUUACUCUUUAAGUGUCCCGUUUUCUGCCUCUGUGAUCUCUUACCAAGUUAAGAAGUUUUCCAACUAUGCAAAUAGUUGCACUCAAUCCAGAUAAGGCAGCAUUUGAAAUGUUCAAAGAGCUACAUCAACAUUAAUUUGAGUUAGUUUUCAUGUUUAAGGAUUUGAGGCAUCCCUAAGCAAGAAGUAGUUUUUCAGUAUUGCCUUCCUCCCUCACGAGCUUUUUUUCCACCCCUGAACGUUUUGUGGACAAACCAGUCAUCAAAUGUUUUUGGGUGGCUGCUCCUGCUUUAGAGCUGAGUCAGAGCUGGGGGUUACCAUUGAUGUGUGACUGUUUAGGAGAGGGGACAGGGCUGUUCAAGGAGGCCAAACUUAGAGACACAGCUUAGGUGCUGACCUCAGCUUGAGGCUGAUUGCCCAGAUCAGCUUCAGUGGAAGCUUCCAGAUCAGCCUGGAGCGCCCUCUGGAGGAGCCUGUCCUUCUGCUGCCUUACAGGAAACCUAGAACCAAGUCUGAAAUCAAACUAAAACCCAUGAGUAGUCUGUUUCAUGUCAAGUUCAAACAAACCAAGGCUAAAACAGUGAAUGAAGUCAGAAGUCUAACGCUUUUUGGCUGAGGGCUCUUUUUCUGAGAUUUUGUCAUUCGUUUCAGCUAGAUAGAAGUAUACAGACUUCAGGGCUUUCAGAGGUUUGACUAAAUGUUACACCACUUCUUUAAUUAAUAGAUUUAAUUUUCAGUGAGUGACAACAUAAUCAUUUAGGUGUCUGCAGUCACCCUGUUAUGCAUUCAGUGGGAACAUGCACAACAAAAUAAGCACAGCCCUAUUCAGGAUUCCUUUAUGGACUGUGAAAGGUAGAGCAAAAGGGCCAACCAGAUCAGCCUGUGUUCAGUAUGGAGGCAUGGAAAGAACAGGUGACUUGCCUUCUCACUUCACCAACAUAAAUCAGGCCUGCCACCUCAAUCAGAGGGGCUGUGCUGGCGUGACAGUGAUGUAGAGCUGAGGACAAUCAGGGUCAAAGUCUGCAGGCCGCUGUGAUAGAGAUGGAUCGCUCCGUGCAAGAUGUGCUUUUCGUGUGCUGCUCUUUCAAGGUGAAAACAAGGAUUCUCAUAAGAUUUCCUCAAGGCUCUUAGUACCCCUGCGAUGCUGUGUUACACUUCAGAUUUAACGAGAAACUACAGAAGGAGCAAUCAGUGGUAAGUCUGUUGAAUAGACUAUAUCCACGUGCAUGCAGCAGAGACACAUAUCUGCUGUCUCUGAAUGUAUUGCCUUGCUUUGUGUUUGUAGGAGUGCAGAAAGUUGCUUUAUAGCAGCAGACAUGCUCAAUCCAGAAGGUUGUGAGGGAGGAUGCAGUGCAUCACAGCCUCAGUUUGGUCACGUUGUCUGAUGGCUGCGUUUAGAAUGUGUUCAGGUUUGGAGGCAUUAAAAUUCUGCAUAGCUGCGACCCUGAGCUUGACAUAAUUGUAGAAUGUUGUCUUGCUGUCGUAAUGAAAAUACAUUUUCUUUAAUGAAUCUGUAAAUUUGAUCAUGUACAAAUGUCUGACAAUUUUAUAUUUUCUUUUAGUGACUCACAUCAUUAAACAUUUUAGAGUGUCUGGAAACCCAGGUUGUAAUUACUCAGUAGAUAACAGCUCCUUGCACAAAGCACCAGAAAACUUGCUCGAAGAGAAAACUCCUGGUUCGUGUAUGUGUGACAGCUUGACAUUUGAGGGCAAAGUGUUUGUCAAGGCCUGUUUGAAGGUGAUUUGAAAGAGACCUCACCUCUGCACAGACACCAUAGCAACUGAGUGAGAAAGUCCCUUGGAAAAUGUGACCUGCAUCAGCCCCUGCGCUCCCCCUGCUCUUAGGAGCUGGGCUGUUGGAUAAUACAAAGGGUAGAAAACAAGAAACUUCAAAAGAAUUUUUGAGAUAAUCUUAGGUAAGCAGUGUAUCCAGUGUGUUAGAGUUUCCCUUCUGUGGCACUCACUUGUGCUGAGAAGAACAUUAAGCUAAUAGAGCAAGAAAAGUAAAUGUGUAAUAAGCAGAGCCAGGCCUCAAAUCCCAAAUGCCUCAAAGGAUCAGGCUUCUUGAAAUAGAAGAUAUGGCCCAGUACUGAAAUGUACUAUUCUGAUCAUGGUAGAAUAUGCAACUGACAACAUCAUGCUAUUUUGAAAUACAGUAAUUUCAUAAAAAAUAAUAAUUCAAUUUUUCUUACACAUUGUUUUACCU